CAAAUAUAAAGCUGAAUACAACAACGACGAACGUACCAUAUAUGUCGAGAUGUUUGUACCAAUAUUCAGAUACUUUACCCUUAUUCCAAAGAAGCUGGCUUUCACAUGGCCUGAAUAAGCAAUGAAGUACAGCAGCUUAACUUGGAUAACAGAUAGCGAUUUCACCAAAAGUGGUGUUAACAAGAAGCUUCUUGACGGGAUUGGUGUGAUAACAGAAGCGGACAUCAGUUGGCUUGUGAUUGAAUCAUCUGGAUUCUUCAAAGAACAGAACUACAAACACAGCAUAGGAGAUUCGAUAAAGAACAUAAAAAAUGGUACUGGCUCUUUGAAAUUCAUAAUGUCUAAAUACAAAUAUACACCCAUUACUACAAUAAAGGAAGUGAAAAUUUAUUUCAUUCAAGCUAUACAAACAAAGAUGCCCUUGGUGUGCUACCAACUGAAGAAUGGUCAAAAAUGGAUUUGUUAUGAAUGCUUACCGGCGGAGAUGCCAUUGUUAUGGUCAAAGAGAAGCCUAUUGCUUCCUGUACUGGAGAUGUUUGGCUUUUUAUAUGAAGAAUUAAUUCAGCAAGAAAAGGCUCAUGCAUAAUUGUUGAAGGAAAGCUUGUCUAUCUUUUAGUGACAUUUUCAGCAACGUCUUAAAAAUCACUAACGUUCUUGACGACAAAACUGUAAAUGGAUUCGCUAAAUGGCGCUGUCAUAAGAUAUUGAAGUUGAUGGAAGCCACGUCAAAAAGAAAAAUGAAUGAAGCGGGGGGGGACUAUAACUUGUCCCUUUUAUGUUGUUAAGAAGAAGUUUGUUGAUAAGAGCCAUUUUUUCUAUUACAAAUAUAUAUAUAUAUGUGUGUGCUAAGAAUAUCACACAAUUCUAGAAUCAAUUUUAAAAGAUAUAACAAUGCAUUUGCCCAGGUAUCAAGCUAAUCUAAAGAAGAUGAAAGAAUCUCGGUAUGAAGUAAUUGGAUAUGCGAGAAAAUCGAAAGGCGAAAAGGAGAAUCAUUAUUAGUUGCGGUAAUGGUUAAGCUGAACUCUUCGAGCGAAAUGGCUAUGUUGUCGAAACGAAGACUAAGGAUAUGGUGG